AUGGAAAAUAGUUUAUUUAACUCGCCUUCAGCAGUGCUUGUACCAGAAAAUGUGUACAUGACUUCGGAAAAAAAGCAUCCAUACAUGAUACAUAUAAUUAUCCCAUCAAAUGAAGAUGGGAGAAUAUGGUUACGCAUCAAAAAUCUUACACUCGAGUCUACAUCUAAUAAUAAAAUAACAAUUUUCGAAGAAUCACUUCCCAUUUCUCAAUUUCAAAAUAAAACAAUUUUGAAAAUUCCUUCUGGUUUGUAUACACUGACGAUACAUUAUAUGGAUAAAAAACAGAAACCGAUAUCAAUGAACGUCUUAAAAUUUGAAACCAAUUCUAUUUACAUAUACAGAAAUGAAUAUGAUAAUAAUUUAAUGAAUUCUAAAUUCAAAUCGAAUGCGGUUUUACAAACUCGUGUUUUAAGUAAAGAGUGGUUAUUACCUCAAUUUGUUUGUAUGACAUUUGGCGAAACACUGUUUACAAUGACUGGAUUAUCGUUUUCCUUUUCAGAAACUCCUGAAUCAAUGAAAACUGUGUCAAUAUCUAUGUGGUAUUUUUGCGUGGCCCUCGGGAAUUUAACUGUAAUUUUUAUCAACAAAUUUGUAACGUUUGAAAAGAAAUCCAACAUGUUUUUCAUGUUUGCUUUCAUUGCACUUUUAACGAUAAUCGUCACUAACAAGUUAAGUAACACGUACGAAAAAUUGUAUUACAAAAAAGAAACGGAAAAUGAAAACGACAGAGAUAACGCGAAUUUAGUGAUGUUAUUAAAAAAGGAGAGUUAUCAACUAUCGUUCUGA